AUGGCAAUACUGGGCAAAUUGGCUACAAGAGAUAGAUUAGUACGAUGGGGAAUAACAAAUGAGCUGCUAUGUCCUAUGUGUAAUGUAGAAGAGGAAAACAUGGAAUGCUUAUUCUUCAAGUGUACAUACACAGCAACAAUUUGGGAGAAACUAAUACAGUGGAUGAAUGUUAAUAGGCGGCCGAUGGAAUUGAGUCAAGAAAUAGAAUGGGCAUGCAACAACGUUCGAGGCAGAUCAGCAAAUGCAGAAAUAUACAGAAUAGCACUAGCAAGUUGUGUCUACUAUGUAUGGCAGGAGAGAAAUCAUAGAAUUUUCAGAGCUCAACUGAGGCCAGCAGGAGUACUGAUGAAGCAGAUUAUACAAAUGGUCUGUGGAAGGGGAUAUACGUUGUCAAGAUUGAGAAGCAGAUUAGAAGAGUUAAACUUCUACCCUUAA